AGCCAGGUAAAGCCUUCCCGCGACCCGGCACCUGGCCUCCAGGAUUAGCAACUCGCUCCGGCUCGCCUCUGCCUCUUUUUUCUCUUUUUUUCCCCUCCUCUUCCUUUAUCCCCCCCCUCCCCAACCCUUUUUUUUUUUUUUUAAUAUUAUUUUUAAAUACGGUUUGUUUCCCGUCCCUGGGGGAGCGGGCGCGAGGGGCGCGGGAGGAAUGAGCAGCGGGCUGGUGCUGCGCACCCCGCUCCCCGAGGACGCCUCGGCGUUUACGCCCCUGAAGCCCGUCAGCAUGUCGGGGGAACCCGGCGAAGACCCCCCCGUCUUUGAGGACAUCAAACCCCCCGCCCGGCCCCUGGAAAACCCACCCGACCUGGCGCAGCUGCACCCCAUGAGGAUGGAACAGCGGAUGCCGCCGCUCAUUCUUGAGGCACGGUCCGAAAUGGAUAAGUACCUUUCAAACGAGGUGCCUCCCAUCCCAAUGAUACCAGACAAGAAGUACCGGCGGGAGAGUGCCUCAGUGGUGGAUGAGUUCUUCUCCACAGAGAAGCCCACUUCUACACCGUACAGCGUGAACAUCAACGUGAUUCUGCCAGACACGACGCACCUGCGCACUGGACUUUACCGGCCACCCAAACCCAUGACGCCAUUCCCACAGAUCAAAACAGAGCCUGGCACCAGCUUCGCCCAGCCCUGCUCUUCUGCCUCCGGCUCCACACAGACCCUGCCCGACUUCACCAGUGUCUUCAGCAUGCCCCAGUCAGUGGCAGUGAACAACAUCUUCAUCAAGCAGGAGAUGCCCUCUGAGAUCCCCUUAUCCACCAAUCCACAGCAAUCCCAUCUUUACCAGAUGCCCCUUGGCAAUGGAAGUGCUGACAUUACCACUCUGACAUCCUCCUCCAACAGCACCACAGCCAUCAACAGUCUCAGUGGUGUCACCAUGUCCACAGGUAACACCAUGUCCAGUGUGGUCCACAGACCUGUCCAGCCAGGAGGGCCAGUUAAGCAGUACCCACAUAUCUCCCAAGGACAGGGAAACUUCAACAUCUCAGGGCAGUUCUACCCUGCUCCAGGGGUGAACCUGCCCCCUUCACCCCCCAACUCACAGCCUGGCAGCCCAGAAAAUCAACCCGAGCUCAUCAACACCAUCUCUCCCCCACCAUCCUAUGAAGCCACUUUUGGACUGAAGUUGGUCCAGUCAUCGCAGGUCCCCCCAGUCCCCAAUGGCCUUGGGACCCUCUCCCAAGGUCACAUUGUCAUGCAGCCCCCAAAAUACAAUAGACGCAACAACCCUGAGCUGGAGAAGAGGAGAAUCCAUCACUGCGAUUACCCAGGUUGCUCAAAAGUUUAUACCAAGAGCUCCCACCUGAAGGCACACCAGAGGACUCACACGGGCGAGAAGCCCUACAAAUGCACCUGGGAAGGCUGCGACUGGCGCUUUGCCCGCUCCGACGAGCUGACCCGGCACUAUCGGAAGCACACGGGCGCCAAGCCCUUCAAGUGCCUCGCCUGCGGCCGGUGCUUCUCCCGCUCCGACCAUCUGGCCCUCCACAUGAAGCGGCACCAGAACUAGGAGCCGCCGAUGUUCACCACGUCUCCAAGAGCAGCUGUAACUCUUUUAUUUUUCUGAGGGGCCUCUCCUCUUCUCCUACAUAGGAACAAACCCAUGCUGUGAGCAACCGGCAGGGCAGGGGGGGCUGGCAAGCCUCCUCUGCAAGCCCUGUCCCCAACUUCUUCUGGUUUUAAAAGAAAUCUCAUUAAAAAAUAAGUUAUAAUUACAGACUGAUCUCCUGACGAGGCUCCUGGCGACACUGGGGCGAUCGGCCUUGGAUUCCAAAGGGCUUUCUUCCAGCAAACCUGCUAUUUAUUUGUCACUCAGGAGCGUCGCUCGAGGAGGGUUGUGAGGGGCUGGUGGCCGGUGAGAGGUCUCGCCUCAAACUGUUGGUGCAAUCCCCUUGGACUGCCCCACGGCGUGGCCGUGGAUGCGGCACCUCUGAUGUGUGACGACGGGAGCACAUACGCGGCUCCUUGGGUUGACAAUCCCAGUCUUGGGGGCAUAGAAAAAAGGGCCAAUGACAUACUCACCUGACGUGCCCUUCAAGCAAGGGACAGCACAAAAGCAGAUGACAGAAGCCAUCAUCUGUGUCCCCUCGAGGCCACCUGCGGUUUCCUGGCAGCCAGCUCUCUCGGGGCUGCGAAUAUCUGCCCUGCUUGGCCAGGUUUUUUGGUUGUGUCCUUAGCAUUUCUGCUUCCGAGGUGAAUUUUGACUUCAGGUGUCUCUGGGAGGACCAGCAUGGGUCUUGAAGCCACCCAGGGGACUGCGAAAAAGCCACCGCUAAAGCUCUGGUUUCCUAGAAUACACUGUGCCUUUCUCCACAAAGCACGGGGUGGGCUCUGCUCCUGCCUUGGACACGCACACAAGGAAUCAGGCGUCGCCAACCAUACCAGGCUUUUGCUGUUGCCGUUUCACUGCGUUCAGACAGAAAAGAAGAAAAGCAAAAAGCAUCUUUGAAGCAAAUUCCAAUAAAUCCCGUGGUUCAGAUUGUAAUCAUGUUACCUACCUCACAGGUUCUCCGUAAGGCACCUUCCCUCCUCCUCCCGUGGGGCGCCGUGACGCGUGGGACGCACCAGCUGGUCUUCAAAGCCUACCGGGGGUUAAACUUAGGCAGAAGAAGAACCAGGCCAUGCCAGUUUAAACAGCAGCCGUGCAGGUAAUAAAUAAAUCAGGAACAAAUAAUGGGCCCAGGGCGUUCAACAGAAUAUUGAUUUCCCCCACGCCGUCCUCCUCUUUUAUUCUUCCUCGAACAAAUUUAAGUAACGCGCCGGCUGAUGAGCGUCUGCAGCGUCAACUGAAAGGCCACGCUGAACCGUGGCAUCUCCAGGCAGUGGAAAUUUGAAGGCCACCCGCACAUAAGCCGAAAACCGCAGCUGGGUUCCUGGUUUUCCUUUGCCUUCGAUAAAUCAAACCGAUCCCACCUGCAGCGCCUGUGGCUGGUCUGGCGUGGCUGGAGGGGAGGGCAGGAAGGAUUCGGUGGGGGUGUUCGUGGUGUGGUGUAGGCUUUGGGGUGGAGGAUGUGCCCGGGGCUGGUGGUGCAGUGCUGCAGUGAGCCCUUCGCGUGGCUCUUUCGCAAGAAGCCUCCUCCUUUCUCCGUGCCACCAGGGAGGGUGGGAAUGGAGAGGUGAAGUCAGGCUACCAAGUCGCCGGGAGCCGGUUUGGGUGACUUUCCCUGACGGUGCGUGGGAAGGGCUUUCCAGACCUCAGCACGAGGGGCCUUCACCUGGCUGGAGGGUUUGAUGACAGCACCCUCUUGACACUGUGUUCAAGUGAGGAUUGGAGAGUCUGGCUCAUAAAUCAACUUCUGCUGACCACGUGCAUGUCCUCCACGUCCUUUUUCCAACUCUUUUCAUUGCUUGUCGUCACAGCUCACUGGGGAGCUGUGGGUGCCAGAGAAGAUGGGCUCGUUUGCCAUCUACUGUGUUGGCUGUGGGGUCUGGCUCCUCAGCAGGACCUUGCCAACACCACCACUGUCACACAGGCUCCUUCUUUUUCCCAUCUCACCUUGGAGGUUGGAAUAAGCUAUAUGAGUGAGUAGGGCGUGGAGUGCCAUCCCCCCGCAAAAAAUGGGGGGUUAGGAGUGGUGCAUGACCUGAAGCCUCUGUGCAGGGGACAGUUUUACCUCUUCUGCUUAGAGAUGGGUCUGGAGAGGCUCAGGGAAGGUCUCUGAUUAUGGAAAAAACCCUCGGAGAAUGGCGGUGGUGUAGGAGCAUGCGUGUCUGCUGGCGCGGGCAGGCUGAGCUCACGCCAAAGGAAUUUCAGGGUAGCGCGGAGAUGCCUCAGCCGGUCCCCGCCGGUGUCUGCAGGAAGCUCAGGCUGGUUUGGUGGGGCUGGUGGGGACCCAACGCGGCCGUGCUGGGACCUGCUGGGCUCCACCCCAUGCAGCUCCUCGGCGGGUGAGCCCUGGCACGGUGAGGCUGCAGCACUGCGGUCCCCGCAUCCCCCCGGGAGCCAGCAGCCCCCACGGCUGUCACCGCAACCUCCACGCGGGAAGACCUUCUUUUUGGUGCAUCUGUUGUGGUUGAACCUCCUGAACGUGUGAGCCAAACUACAGGCCAUGGGGACAACCCAGCCACCGUAUGGACCAUCAGGCUGGUCAUGGGGCUAGCCCUCACCCGGGACCCUCUCAGAAGGAUCUUGUUUCUCUCCCCCCGCCCCCACCUUAUUUUUGGAGAAGGAAAUAUCUGCUCCCCACAUUUCCAUCUGUCCCAUCCUCGUGCUGAUGGAGCCGAAAACCUGUUUGCUGAAAAACCAGUACAAAGCCAAAACAACCAACAGGCAGCUUUAAAGCUUAGGAGAAUUUUAAAUAAUUUUCCUGAUUAUCUUGGUUUUUUUUCACUACAGGAAAAAUGCAUCUGCUCAUCCUCACAUAGACUAUAUGUGUGUGUGUGUGUAUAUAUAUAUAUAUAUUAUGUUUUUUUAACUUGAUGGGGGGCCAGAGGAAGAAGUGUCUUAACAAAAAGACACCCCAAUCCAGUACUGCUUCCCAAGCCGCACCGCUGCUCUGCACGCAAAGUGCUGACCUGCAAAUCUUUUACUAGGCGCAAAAGCAACACCUUUUUUUUUUUAAAAAAAAAAAAAAAGUCCGAAGGGAAAACCACAGCAAGCCUCGGCUUUCAUUUCUCUGUUUCUGUGUGUACAGAAGCGGACAGCCCCGCGUUCCCCCGCAGCUCUCGGUGGCUGAGGGCGGCGAUUCCCAGGGGAGAUGGGGGGUGAUGGAGCAAAGCCCCUCUGCGCUGCGGGAGGGAUGUCUCGGGGGGGGUGUGAACCCCCAGCUGAACCAAAGUCCCUCCAUCCCCGCUCCCCUGGGACACUGAGGUGACGGGGACGUUGGAAAAGGUUUGCAAGAACAAAUGUCAGCCGGGCUUGGCGGGGGUGGGGGGGGGGAGCGCCUCGUCUCUGCCUGUAUCAUAGCUGGGGGUGGGGGGGGAAAUCGCUGUAAAUAGGAAAAGAGCGCUGUAUCGCUUCGCGGGUCUGCGUGGAUUGAAAGUGAUCAUUUACUGUCCGAGAUGAACACAAUGUGAAAAAAAAAAAAAAUAAUAAUAAUGAUUGGGACCUGGAAAACUUGGGUGGAAGUUUUGUUUUUCGGGUGAUGCUUUGGUUUGUUACAUAA